CCCAAGCUGAGUGAGUGCACGCAACGCGCUAAAGGGCGGUCACUCCUUUUCACCUGGGCCGACUCGGAAUAUCGGCAUCACCCUGACUAACACGUGACCCGUCGCGCUGCUCAAACACUGACGGACGAAAGUCGAGAGCUGCCGCCUGCUCGCCUGCGAUGCACGAUGAAGAGGAGCUGGAGGAGCCCGCAUUCGAGAGCGCAUUCCUCAGAGACAUCAUUCAGCUGGAAUCGAGUCAGGAGAAGAGCAACGCAAAUCACAACCGGAUCGCCGACUCUGUCGUCAGCCUAGCUACCUUCAGCGGCAGUGGACGGGGCAUGUCGGAGUUCAGGGACCUCAUGGGCACGUCACGUCAUGAUCAGAGGCCCGGCAUACCUGCGCAAGUCCCCUUGACCGGCCCGGCGGUACCGAGCAAAAGAUAUGCCACAAGUCCUUCAGCGCUUUCUACGUCUCAAGCAGGCAUAGGCACAUACAGCGUCCUCGGCGCUCGCACUACCGGUCUCUCUGCAUUAGCGAGAAGCUUGCAUGCCAAAGACGGGAGCUCAAAUCCGGAGCGACCGAGGCUACAACGUACAGCUUCUGCGAGCAGCUCUGGCCCUGUCAGCACACCGCAGACGACUGCCAUUGCGGGCUCUCUGGAUAGGAAGCGUAAACUGCCAAGCUAUGUACCGGCAGCGCUGACUAGCUCACUCUCGGGUGGGUCAUCCCUUGCACCAUCGUCCAAAUCGACAGACAUACAUCGACCGGAUAUGCUAGACGCCGUCACUAGCCAGGCGAGCACUUCGCUGUCUACUGUCGAGCUGGCGUCCGAUAGUGCAUCCGUCCCAGCUGUUACAGCUGUGACAAUACCGAUUGAAGACGAUGAGAGGACGAUCGUCAAGUCAAGCAGCUCAACAGGCCUGAUAGCAGCCGGACAAGAUGCUGCCCAGCAAUAUGGGCAUGCAGUCUCGACACCAGCCGCACGAUCAGCGUCUAAUCACUUUGCGACUGCUGCGGCUGACAAAGCAACGCCUCAACCAAUGUCUAGCCUCGAGCCAUCAAAUGUCAAAGACACCUUACGGCGGUAUCGCAAUCCGCGCUCUAUCGUGAGGUUGAGUACACUGCCACCAGCAAGACGAGCGCCAGUGCGCGAAGACUCAGCAGAGCCAAGUUCAGAUCGAUCCCACUCGCACUCAAGCAGCGCUUCAGCCAGCCCAGAGAGUCAGCGGUCCGACACUUCGUCAGAGCGCGAGCAACCGUCGCCCAAACUUGUAUCUGGCCCUUCAGAGCCCGUGCGAGCGCCUGUCAGCGCCAGACCGAUACCUCGCAGAGAGGGCAAGACUUUCGGUGACGAUCGCGACAUCCUCGGCGAUUUGCCCCUAGCCCAAGCAAGAACGACGAAUAUUCCCACGCCAGAAGCGCCACCUCGUCAACAUCUAGACUACAAGGUACCCACUAAGACUGAGUCGCCUUUGUAUGCGCCACCAGCACAAGCAACAGCGACGCCUGUACAAAACGGUCAGAUAGCAUCAAAGGGCGAGCGAUCUUCUCGCAAGUCGAGCCAGACCAUCGUGGUCAACGGCAAGGUCUACAUCCGCUCCGCGUUGCUCGGCAAGGGCGGUAGCAGUCGUGUUUAUCGCGUUACCGACGCCGAGCACAAUAUCUUUGCCAUCAAGAAAGUCCAGCUCAAUCGGGGCGAUGAGGAAACGUACACCUCAUUCUGCAACGAGAUUCAGCUGCUCAUCAAGCUCAAAGGUCACAGCCGGAUCAUUCAGCUUGUCGAUUCAGAGGUCAAUGAGCAGCGAAAGACGCUUUACAUGGUCAUGGAAGUCGGGGAGAUUGAUCUAAACAAUUUGCUGCAAGAGAAGAUCGGCCAGCGGGUCAGCAUGAACUUUGUAAGGCAUGUGUGGGAACAGAUGCUCGAAGCAGUCAAAGUCGUUCACGAUGCAGGCAUAGUACAUACCGACCUCAAGCCUGCCAACUUUGUACUUGUGAGAGGCGCGCUCAAGCUGAUCGACUUUGGCAUCGCCAAGGCGAUUCCAAGCGAUACAACCAAUAUUGCUCGAGACUCUCAGAUUGGCACAGCCAACUAUAUGUCGCCGGAAGCCUUGUGCGACUCUGGUCUCGGCCCUCGAGGCGAGCGGAUGAUGAAGCUCGGCCGCGCAUCAGAUGUCUGGUCGCUUGGCUGCAUUCUCUACCAGAUGGUCUAUGGCAUUACACCCUUUGGACACAUCCGGAUUCUGCAACAUAAGAUGAUGGCGAUUCAGAAUCCCAAAUUCGCCAUCGCAUUUCCGUCUCAUGCAAUCCCGACAGAUCGCGAGGGACACCAGGUCUCGGAGGCUGCAGUCGAGGUCGAGCACGACUUGCUGGUCGUCCUGCGGUCCUGUCUCCGCUUCGAUGCGAAGCAGCGUUCGACCAUACCCGCUUUACUCGAAGACCCAUUUCUCCGGAGUCAGCCAUCAAGAGCCAGCGAGGCCACCAUCUUCCGGCUCAUUCGCGCCAAUUGGCUUCGUUACGAGCAAAGCCCUCGAGGUACAGAUAACGAGCGGCUGAGCCUGCUCGAAGACCUAUUUUCCGAGCUUGUGACCAUUACCCAUUGAUAGUGUUGUCGCUUUGUAUGUGUCGUUGUCGGGCGGAGCGGCCACUUGAAAACACGUCGCCCGCGAUAUUGCUCUGCCC